UCGAUACUUGGUUUUAGAAGUCGAUUAUGUGAGUUGUCCCUCUGUAGUGACACUUUCCGUUCUGUGGGAAGUUUGAGUUAGCCCGCUAGCAGUAGCCAAGUGUCCCAGCCUCACACACAGAAGUCUCCCAGCAGACUCACGCCUAUGACGGGAAAUGCACGAAAAAUAACCAAAUCACGCAGAGGGAGAAGUGAUACUUUACCCGGGACAUAGCAACUUGGUGUCGGUUUUUGCGGACAGCACAGUGCUUUGACUGGACACCCGACACGGCUGUUCGCUGGGUCCGACCCGGGCUGCUACGAUGUGUGUCCGCUGCUCCACGAAGCUCUGUUGGGGAAGUGAAUCUUUCACGGGAUGAUGGACAGGACCUAUCCGAGCUCCAGCUUUGCGGACGCGCUGGCUCCACCAGCGCAGACCGUAGCUUCGUGGGCCUAUGACCGCGGCUCGGCUAGUAUCAAACCAAGUCCCAGUUAUGGUGCAGCACACCUUGACGGCGAGCUCCUCCAGCAGCAAAGCUACACUUCAGCACACCAGCUUCCCAGCUACACAGCAACACACUUAAAUGCUGCAGCAGGAACACUUGAGUCAAGCAGUAAUACCCCUGUGACUUCAAUUAUGAGCUUCCUGUCAGCCAUGGAGUCAAAAACUCUUCAGGCUGGUCCUGUUAGUGCCUCAUUGCUUCCUCCUUUUAGACCUCCAUCUUGGCCUACUGGCUCUAGCACGUCCACCACUGAGCUGUAUUUGACUGGCGCACUGCCUUCCACAGCCACUUUCCCCUCUCCUGCUGCUCUGCCAUCCUAUCAGCACACUGGUGCCUACCCUUCCAGGAGUUACGCUACCAACUCUUGCCUGACUUUCCAGGAUCCUGCCUUCACCACAUCCACCAAUGGCCUGUUUUCUCACCAUGAUCCUCUUCUACAUCUCAAAUCUAGCCAAGCUGUGCUUCCUACUGCCCUGGCCUUCAAUCACCUUUCUGUCCCAACUCUGGGCUCGGCUCUGCCUGUGCAGUCCUCCACUUAUCGCUCAGCCCAAGAGUCAGCCCCGCACCUCCUGCAACCCCAGUUCAGCCUUCUUCCCUCUGCCCUUCCUGCGCCUCAUGCUGCACCACAGCCCUAUGGGGCUACAAUUUUCUCUGGCUCUAUUGAAAGAGCUCUUCAGCGUGAAUGUAGUGUUAUUAAACACCACCAAAGGCCUUCAAGUAGCCACAUGGGCUCAGAACAGUUGCCCAAUUCAGAGCACUCUUUACAGGGGUACUUUGGCUCUGGCAGCGAAGAAGAUGUAUCCUACCAUCAGGACCCAUCCCGUCAUACCCCAGUGUCCUGCAGUCCCUCUACAAGAGUAGACUCCAGCCAAGGGGUUAACAGUUCCCCUCAACCCAAAACGGACAGUGUAACACAAGUUUAUUCAUCUACUUUGUUGCUGAAAGCUAAAGACUUUGCUUCCAAACUUGCUUCCCACUCUGCAGGGGAUGAAGAGAUUCACUCUCAGAACCUGACUAAAGAGUCUCCUGAACACUAUUCCACCUCAGCUCAGAAGCAUAACUCGGUGAUCUCUAAUCAGCAGGCAGUCCAGCUAUCCAGUCCAAUGUCCAACAGUCUGCCCCGAACCUAUAUCACAUCACUCUCACAGUCUCAGACCUCCCAUUCCACCUCAGACAAACUCUCUUCACUCUACACAACUCUUCCUUCCCUCCCAAGCCACUCUGACAACGUGGCAUCUGUCAGCCAAACUCUUGUUUACUCAUCCACCCCAGGGCUGAGCCAAGAGCAAGAGAUCCAAUAUGGAGCACAGGUCCAGAGCUUGUGCCGAGGAAAUCUCUCUGAGAGCUACCCCACGUCCCACUCUCAGGGUGCCUCAACUCUAACUUUUACAUCUCAGUCACAAGAGCAAGCUUCUGCAACUCAGUCUCAAAGCUACGACUCGGGGCAAUCUCUAAACUCCUCUUACCCACCCACAUGUGUACAAAGUCUUCCCACAUCAAGCUCUACAGUGGACUACACUCACAUACAGGAUUCAGUGGGAGGUAAAGCACAUAACACACUAUCACAGGAGGAGACACAGCCCCACAAUGUUUUGUCUGUACUAUUGCCUUCAUACUCUUCAACUCCUCAAGCCUUACAAAAUAAUGUCAGGUCCUCAGUACAGGACAUAAAGCCAACAUAUGGCAAACAGAAACUUGAAGAGCUUCCUCUUCAGGUCAUAGAGGCUCUACAGCAGGCAUCCAUGGUCUCGGCUGCUGAAAACAGUAUGAACUCUCAUAACAACGUCAUCUAUGUUAUGUCAAAAAUGGAUGAUCACAAAAUGCAAAGUGUUAUUCGAAGCAAUUCUCAUACUGAUGAACAACUCAUGGGUGUAGGUCAUAGAAAUGCAGCCCAGGUAAAAGAUGAACAGAUGGGUUCUGGGAACCAACAGCCCAUUCAUUUAAGCAGUGCCAGUGGUGCUGAAUCUACCAGUACGAGAACUACAAACUCCAUUAUUGUCCCCUCUCAUGUAUCCCUGUGUUCAGAGCAGCUUGAACAUCACCAUCUUCAGCUCAGAUCUCAUGAGCCGCAUCAACAAAACCAGCAGACCCAAAUUCAAUCCCAAAGUCAAACUUCAGCAUCCCACACUCAGUUUAUCACAGUCCCCAGCACUCAGGUUCUCCUUGAGCCCAGUCAAAUGAUUCUGGUACAGCAGCCCCUUGUACAUCCUCAACAGAACACUUCAAAGUUGGUAUCGGUGCAAGGUGUCCAACCAGCCCAGGGAAUGGGCCAAGUUCAAGUCCAGUACCUUCAAAUGGAUCAAGACCUGCUGGGUUCCAGUGUCACUGAAACCCAUAGUCAGCAGGGCACUGCAGCGUCUGAGCCGAGUUCAGAAUGCUCCUCUUCCUCUAAGCACCACUACAGUCAGGCAGCAAAUCAACAGCCAAAUGAAGCCAAGAACCACUUUGCUCUUAACUCAAUUUGUUUCCCAGACUCGAUGCUACUGGCAGAUGAGCGAAAUAUUUUGUCAAAUGUUGACGACAUCCUGGCUGCCACUGUGGCAGCUUGUGGUGUCACACCGCAAGACUUUGCUAAAGCUGCAUCCUCUGCUGAGGCUGAAAUGGUAGGGAUGGCAAGGCCUGUUGGUUCCAAAGGACACCUCCAGACUGUGGAUUUAAGACACAUGUCACCAAGUUUCUCCUCAGCACAACAUCCAAUUAUGACCAACACUAACUGUCACACCAUCAGCAUGACACUAAAUGGAGCUCAGGUGACUAGAGACUGUCAGGGUCAAACUGUUCACCACAACAGUACUUCUGAGCUUGACACAAAUGGGGAUGGAAGGGGCUCAGAAAAUGGCUAUCACUCAUCUGGGCAGGUCUUUGAUUCCUCAGGUGUUCAGAACACAGUCAAUGCAAAAUGUGUUGAUACAGAUGACAGCCUUGUUGAAUAUCCAGGUGGUGAAGACUCUCCCAAAAAGAAGACUCGCUCCAAGUCUUUAACCAAACCAGGAGUUCCUGAGGAUGAUGGCGGACUAGCAAGACCAGCCAAGCGCAGCUUACCAGCGAAGCGGCAAAAUUCAAAGAGUAGUGAUGUCAGCUCUCCAUCUGCCUCACACAAUACAUAUGAUGGUUGUCCACAACAAGAGAGAAUCAGGCAGAAGAUUCGUGAAGUGGAAGAGAAACAGCCAGAAGUCAAAACUGGCUUCAUUGGCUCCUUCCUUGACUUUAUCAAAUCUGGCCCCAAACAGCAGUACUCUCAAAGUCCUACACGAACAAUUAGUCGCCCGAGAAAACCCUCUACAUCGUCUAAAAUGAGCACUUUGCCCACUUUGCCUCCCAAAGUUCAGACUCAGCCGGGGCCCUUGCUUCCCCAGGAGAGUCCAGGAAUGAGCUCUCAGCAGAAACGUCUGGAUGAAGAUCUGCAAAAGAACUUGGAGACUCUGCCAACCUUCAGCUCAGAUGAAGAAGACAGCACUGGGAAGAACCAAGCUCUGAGGAACAGCAUCAGCUCAGCACUGUCAGCCCUGGAUGAAUCUUCAGAUCAGAAGACAAGAACAGAUAACCAAAUCCAAGGUUCAAUCAUAAAGCCAGACCAAGUUCCCACCAUGUCACACACUGUCACACAGGCCUGCUUGCCACAGGCAGCCACUCCAGCACCACCAGCAAAAACACUCCCUGGAGGGACGACGUUUGUGACCAAAGAGGAUUUUAGAGAGACUCCAUCGGGCGAGCUGGCUGUACAGUUGAUGAGUGUGGCCAUGGAGGGACUAACGGAUGAAGAGUUGUCUGACAGCGGGGGAGAGGGAAUGUAUCGCGAGAGAGAUGAGUUUGUUGUCAGGAAUGAGGAUAUCGAAAUUUUGAAGGUGACAAUGAGAGCUGGAAGUGAACCUCCAGCAAUCUGGAAAGUCCAGAAAGCUUUGCUGCAGAAAUUUGUGCCUGAACUUAGAGAUGGAAAGAGAGUCUUCUCUGCCACAAACAGUUACCUUGGAUAUUUUGGUGAUGCUAAGACCAUGUACCAGAGAGUGUAUGUUAAGUUUUUGGACACGGUUAACAAAAGGGAGUAUGUGAGAGUUUGUAGUCGGAAGCCACGCUGCAAGCCAAUGAACUCCCUAAGGGGUGUUCAGGUAAAAACCUUGCUGGGCUUGACGGCUUCGCCUUCUGCAGUUUUUCAGAGCCAAAAGCCACGGCCUAAACUAGUAAAGUCAAGGGCAGAGCCCCCACCUAAGAAGAGGCGGAAGUGGAAGGAGGAGUUUUCACCCACUGCUUCGGGAUCAUCGGCAGAAGAAGGUGGAGAAGACGAUGAGUUAAACCCUCCAAGUUCUUCACGGCCCCUCAACACUCGAACCAUGAAGGAGACAUUCAGGAGCUUUGUGGAGCUGCUCAUCAGCAUAGCCUUAGACGAAGAUGUCUUGACGGCACUUGAGAGAGCCAAAGAUGAGCUGCUGCUGCCACAUAUGAAGAGAGUUGAUGGUAUGAUCACUGACAACAGGAAACGCCUGCUUCACAAACUGCACAUAGGGCAGGUCUUAAAGACAGCUCUAGACAGCUUCCCAGAGAUUUCAGUGGUGACUGAACUGAAGACGGAUGGGGAAACUCCAGCCUUUAAAGUUCGUCUCAGUGGAAAGGCCUACAACAAGAAGACUCUAAAGCCCUGCAAGAUGCCAAGCAAAGUGCCUCAGGAGUAUACAGUGGACCAGCAGAAAACUCAGUGGUUUUCUUUGUACCACUCUUUGCAGCAUUACAAAUACCACACGUACCUCAUGUGUAAAGAUGAGAUUGCAUCUCUGCGGGUGCAGGCGGGGGACCUGGGUCAAGAGGAGACUGUACAGAAGUGUCUGCAAAAUUGCGCUUGGGUUGAGGGGCUGUUUGAUCGCUUUGGAGAGCUAAUCAGUCAAGUGCAGCAGGUCUGCAGAUGAUUCAGCCUUGGCACAUUUGUUUAAAAAAAAGUAGAAACAAGAACAUCAGAAGUUUGGUGCUUGAAGAUGAGCGGACACCUGUGAAUCAGAACGGUAGCAGAGACCGAGCUGAUCUCUCCUUCCAGCCACUGAGAUGUUGGGAGUAUAAAAGGGGGGAAGGAAAACAGUGAAAAUGUAUACAUUCAUCACUGCGUUUAAGUAGAAAGGAAUAACAUGAUCAAAAGAAAACAAUGAUUUUGUUUUGGGGAGCAUUUUGGAUAACUUUCAUAUAUUAUCCCAUUUUUUGUAGGUUUUUGUAGUUUUAAAAGCCCACUUUUAUGGGCCUUUUCAUAGAUUUAUAUUGGCCUUUUUUAUUAUUUUUUUUCUCUCCAUUAAUGUCACAGCAUAACCCUUGAGUAUGCACUAGAUAGAAAGCAAUCAGCAUAGGAUGUAGAGCAAAUAAAAAUGCAGAAAUCUGAUUGGCUGCCAUUUUUAACAAGCCUUCAUCGGUCAUUUAAAUAGGCUCAUAAACAGAUUUGAUUUAUUGUAAAAUAAAAAAAAGAUCUAUUAUAUAUAACUUUAGUUGCAUACCAUUUGUAAAACAUCUGUUUUGUUAUGGAGUGCCAAUUUAAAUUUAUGUAUUGUACAUUUUGUAUAAAAGAAAAGGAAUGUGGGAACUGCAGCAACUGCAAACUGAAUCUGUUGUGGUCUAAAUUGUGAGAACUUUGCUCCCAAGAUACAUUUUCCAGUGCUGCUUUUUAUUCUAGUCUGACAGAAAACAUGACCUUGAAUUAUUUUAGGGUUAAAUGAAAUAAAUAGAAGUUGUCUCUAUAUUGUUUUACAUACACAGCCCACAUUUUAUGACAAAUAUAUAUUUUUCACAGAAGUAAAUAUUGUUAUACUUGGAUCAUUACACUUUCUAUGACUUUUCAUUGUGUUGUCACGGUCCUCCACAAUUGACUCUUUGUGAGUCAGUAACAAGUUUUGUGAUAUCAAAAGUGAUCUUUAAAGAUGCAGUUUGUAAAUAAAAUGGCACAUGCCUUAA